ACCAUUCGUUCUUCGUGGUGGCCAGCAAUGGGGUCUUCGACUUCCUCUCAAGUCAAGCCAUGGCCGGAGGGUAACAUCGAGGACAUCGUCACCGAACUGGCCGCCGAGACCGGCACAAGUGAGGACGAAGUCUUCUCAAGAAUAGAGAAGCUCUCUGAAGUGAAUCCCAUGCUCGGUUUCCGUGGUUGCAGGCUUGGCAUAUCAUAUCCGGAGUUGACCAAAAUGCAAGCACGGGCCAUAUUUGAAGCUGCAAUCUCCAUGAGCAAUCAGGGAGUGAAAGUCUUGCCAGAGAUAAUGGUUCCUCUCACAGGAACACCUCAGGAGUUUGAGCAUCAAGUGAGUCUGAUAAGAACAGUGGCACAGCAAGUCUUCACUGAGAUGGGAACCUCCAUAAGCUACAAGGUCGGAACCAUGAUCGAGGUUCCAAGGGCUGCCCUUGUUGCAGAUGAGAUUUCUGUGCAGGCAGAGUUCUUCUCUUUUGGAACAAAUGACCUCACACAGAUGACAUUUGGAUACAGUAGGGAUGAUGUCCGCAAGUUUCUUCCCAUCUACUUAUCCAAAGGCAUCCUCCAAAAUGAUCCCUUUGAGGUGCUUGAUCAGAAAGGAGUAGGUCAGCUCAUUAAGAUUGCUGCAGAAAGAGGCAGAAGAGCUAGGCCUGAUCUUAAGGUAAGUGGUAUAUAUGUGCGAAGCUGCAGCACAGAGGAGGAGGUCUUAGUAGGAUGUAUGGUGCUCGAGCUGAAGGCUAAGCUUACUUCGCAGCAGUGCUUGUUUGAAUUCACACAGCACAGAGGAGGAGGUCUUAGUAGGAUGUAUGGUGCUCGAGCUGAAGGCUAA